AGCACUUACCCGAGCUCCGAGCUCUGAGCGAGCCAGAGUCGAAUAAGCUUGCCAACGUUUCCCUCAGAUCUAAUCGCGCACACGACACAUAGAUACAUAGAAUCUAGAUACCGCAACACACAAUGACCUCCCCUGCGGAACCACCUCUCGCCUCUCUAAGCCUCACGCACGUCUCCUACAACCCCGACGACCCCCUCUCGCUCCUCUCAGCAUGGCUCGCGCUCCUCCCACAGGCGCUGCUGAUAGUCUACGCGACCACGCUGUUCUGCACGCGCGAGGUUGAGUGCGCGCUCAUGCUGGCGGGGCAGCUCGGCUGCGAGGCGGUGAACUUCAUUCUCAAGCGGGUGAUCCGCGAGGAGCGACCAAAGAUGAUGCACGGCAAGGGCUACGGCAUGCCGAGCUCGCACGCACAGUUCUCGGCGUUCUUCGCGCUGUACAUGCUCCUGCUGCUGCAGCGGCGGGGGCUCGGCGGGCGCGGGCUGCAGGCAUGGCGGCGGCACGUGUACUCUGCUGCGGCGGUCGGCGGGAGUCUCGCCGUUGCACUGAGCAGGAUCUAUCUCAACUAUCAUACGCCGAAGCAGGUGCUGGUGGGCUACGGGGCGGGGUUAGUCUGCGCGGUCGGGUGGUAUGUGGUCACCGCGGCGGCGAGGGGGGUGGCCGAAGGCAAGUUGUGGAGGUGCGGCAUGGACCUAGGGAAGUGCGUUUGGCUGAGGGAUCGCUGCCUCGAGGUGGAUUUGGUGGUGGAGGGGUGGAAGGCGGAGACGUUUGGGGGGAAGAAGAGGCGGUGAGAAUUUCGCGCAUAGUAUUCCUUCCCAUGCGUCUUCUUAUUCCCCCCCGCGGACGCGCUUUUACUGGUUAAAGUACAGAAAGACUAGAUAUCCUAUUCCAUCAUAUGUGUUGAACGAAUCCCAAACGCCCUCGUCCC